GGGUUUUUGGUGAGAACUUAAAUUGGAAAAAGUCCGCGUAAAAUCCACGAACCCAGCCAAAUCAGGUGCCUACCGAUUAUUAAUUUUCUGUUUUUAAGAUUGUGGAGGCAUCUUUCCUUUAUAAUGGUCAAUAGGCAUCCGGAUCGGCUCCAGCCUCUUCCUUCGCCUUCGUCGAUCAAAGAGGGAUUCGCUAUUGUACGCGAUCAUGGUGUGCUUGGCCUGCCUUCUGCCCCUCUUUCUCAUCCCAGUCGUCAACGCCUUGCCGUUGCUGGUGCAUUUCAUCCUCAGUAAGGUGUACAGACUUUUUGGUUGGGAGUACAGGAAACCUGAAAGGGUUCCUCCUGCUUGUCCUUACAACCCUGGGAACAAGAAGGAUACUCAAGGUGGCAAUGAGACACGCACACAACCAGAAAAUCAGAAAGUUGCUGGAGAUGAUAAGCAAGAGUGAUUGCUGGAGUUGUAGCGCUCCCUUUGCUUGCAGAUGAGGUCCUGAGCAAGAGGGAUCGCGAUAUCUGGACUCCUGAAAAAUAAAACAAAAGUAUUGUUAAGACCAAUAAGUAUCAUCUCUUCUGCAAAUCCUUUGCUAUCCUCGUCUCAGUCAGUAUGUUCCUCCAUUCAAAACAUCAAAUAGUGAUGGAUUGCCUUUGUACACGCGCCUCUGUUCUCCAUCUUGUCCGGUACGUUCGAAUUGUUGGGUAGAUUUGAUUAUGCAGAGUUGAUUGUUAUUUCUCAACAAUGAGGUGAAUGGAGCACCAGAUGGUACAUUACAGAAGAAGAAAAAAAAAA